AUUUCCCUGAAAAAGAGAAGUCGUCUUUUGAAAAAGAUUGAAGCUUAGAAUUCACCGAUGACGACGGCGCCUGCUGCUGCAGCAACGCCGGUUUUACUCGGGGCAGCGUCGAUCGCCCAUGAUUCUUGCAGCACCCUAAAAGGGAUGCUGCGAAAUUAAUUCGGAAAAGAGAAGAGAUUUUCCUUUAUUUUUCACAAUUUCAAGGGCGAGCAGAAAAUUGGAGGAUGCUUAUAAAAUGGCAAAGGGGAAGCUUAUCCUCAUUUGUCAAUCUGGUGGUCAGUUCAGCACUAACAGUGAUGGCUCAAUGUCAUAUACUGGAGGAGAGGCAAAUGCUCUCGAGAUCAAUCAAGAAACCCUUUUUGAUGAUCUCAAGUUAAAAUUAGCCGAAAUGUGGAAUCUUGAUGUUAGGUCUUUGUCAAUCAAAUACUUCUUGCCUCUGAACAAGCGGACGCUCAUCAAUUUAGUAAAUGACAAGGACCUAAAAAGGAUGUAUGAGUUUCAUGGAGCUUCAGUAACUGCUGACGUAUAUAUAAUGGGAAGAGAAGGUUUUGAUCCUCAAAGCUCGAGGGAUCAUGCCAACAGGACAAACGACAUAAAACUUGCUGAGACUUUGCCAACUGGUACUGCUGCAGCCACCACGUCCAUUGUUGUUGCUGGAGCACCUGUGGAUUCAUUAAUUGACGUUGCUGUGAUUGAUCAUAAUCCCCCAGCAGUGUCCACCAAGUCAAAAGCUGCUCCACACAACGCCAAUCGUAAAAUUACUCGUUUUUCAUCUGCUAAUUCUACUCUUAAUGGUCUUGUCACUGUCACUGUUGAUUCAAAAGCUCUCUCUCCAACACAAGUUGACAUGAGUUCUACACCGGCUGAUACCGUUAAGAAGAAACGGCGAACAACACUAUUAAAGAGUAUUGACAGUGCUCCCGGCAUUGGAUCACUAAUUGAUGAAGUUGGAGGGACAGGAAAAGGCACAUCCAGGAAGAAGAAAAUUCAGAAGCACCUUAUUCCUGCAGUAGUUGUUGAUGAGGAGCAACAGGAAAAAGCUGCGCCUUGGAGUGACAAUUUGGUCGAUUGUCCUGUUGUUGCUGACUCUGUCCUGUCUCUGGAAGCACUUGUUGGAGCAUGGAGAGAAGGUAUUACAGGCGAAGGCCAGGAAUUCAAUAGCGUGCCUGAAUUUCGUGAUGCGCUACAAAAGUAUGCUAUUGCAAACCGGUUUGCAUACAAGUUAAAGAAGAAUGACUCAAACCGUGUUAGUGGUAUCUGUGUGAUAGAAGGGUGUUCCUGGAGAAUUCAUGCUUCUUGGGUCCCAUCUUCACAAUCAUUUGUGGUGAAAAGAAUGAAUAAGUCUCAUACUUGCGGUGGGGAGUCUUGGAAGGCUGCUCAUCCUGCAAAAAAUUGGUUAGUAAGUAUCAUAAAGGAUAGGUUACGAGAUAGUCCACAUCACAAGCCAAGGGAGAUUGCUCAGGGAAUUGCUCGAGAUUUUGGGAUCGAGUUGAACUAUAGUCAACUGUGGCGUGGAAUUGAGGAUGCUAGGGAGCAACUUCUGGGUUCAUAUAAAGAAGCGUACAAUGAAUUGCCUUUGUUCUGUGAGAAAGUAGUAGAGGCAAAUCCUGGAAGUUUGGCAAAGCUUUUCACUGGUGACAAUGGAAGAUUUCAGCAUCUUUUUGUAUCUUUCCGAGCCUUAAUACAGGGAUUCAAUGAUGGCUGUCGUCCGCUUGUUUUCCUUGACUCUAUAUCGUUUAAAUCAAAGUACCAUGAAGUAUUCUUAAUGGCUAGUGCAGUGGAUGGAGAUGAUGGUUCUUUCCCUCUUGCAUUUGCUGUUGUUGACGUUGAAGAUGAUAGUAAUUGGUGCUGGUUUCUAGAGCAGUUGAGAUCUGCCUUUUCUACUUCAACUCCCAUAACUUUUAUCUCUGACCAUGAAAAGGGGUUAGAGAAUUCUGUGCAUCAGGUAUUUGAGAAUGGCCAUUAUGGUUACUCCAUCUUUCAUCUUGUAGAGAAUUUCAAGAAGAAUGUGAAGGGUCCAUUCACCGGGGAUGGCAAGGGUUUCUUAGUCAGCAGAUUAUUGGCUGCUGCCCAUGCACAGCGGCUUGAUAGUUUUACAGCAUACAUUGAACAAAUGAAGAAAGUUUCUUCAAAAGCUUAUGAUUGGAUAAUGCAGAGUGAACCAGACAAAUGGGCGCUUGCAUCAUUCAAGGGUGAACCUUUUCAUUUUAUCACAGUAGAUAUUGCAGAGCCAUAUGCUAAAUGGAUAGAGGAAGUGAAGGAACUACCAAUUGUACAGAAGGUAGAGGUGCUCAUAUCGAAAUUGGUGGAGUUGUUUAAUGCUCGCCGAACAAAUUCAGGCAAUUGGGUUACAAAACUAACCCCAUCCAGGGAGGAAAAACUACAAGAAGAACAUCAGAGAGCAACCAGCUUAAAAGUGCUUUUCUCAUCAGAUACGGUAUUUGAGGUUCAUGACAAUUCUAUCAAUGUGGUGGUGGAUCUUCAAAAAAGGGUUUGUAGUUGCUUGGAAUGGAAAGCUAGUGGUCUACCUUGCCGCCAUGCCCUUGCCGUUUUUUAUUGCACAGGGAAGAAUAGUUACGACUAUUGUCCUGAGUGCUUCACGGUUGAUUGCUACUUUAUCACCUAUUCCAACUCCAUAAGCCCCGUUAGGGGUCCAUAUGAGAAGUCGACUGAUGGAAAAGAUCCUUUUACCACACAUGUACUUCCCCCAUGCACCCCAAAGCCAUCAACCAAGCAAAACAAGAAACAACAGACAAAGACAGAGGGAGUAACCAAAAGGGAAGUUUGCUGCAGUACGUGCGGCGGAGUAGGCCAUAACAAACUUACAUGCAAGGAAACAUUGCAAAUUGUAAAUGUCAUAAAGUGAUGGCCAUUUGCAAAAUAGAUCCAUGAACUAU